CUACAUUAUAAAACAAAAUUGCUCCCAAGACGACAGUGAGACAACUCAAGUUUCCUCAAGAUGGAGGGUGCGAGUCGCCCUCCCUAUGUGGGGUCCAGGGCGGAGUGGAUUCUCCUGCAAGCGAACGAUUUUGACCGAAAGUCCCGCGAGAUGCAGUGCGGGGGUUGUGGUGGGAAGAAGGCGAACUGGGUGUGCUUGGAUGCGGCGUGUGUUGCCUACAACCGCGGGAGCGCGCUGUGCUUGUGCGACGCCUGCGAUGCGCAGUUCCACCCGCCUUCUAGCCCGGUAAUGGUCGCCCACCGCCGCCUCGCCACCGUUCUCUACAUGUCUCUACAACUCUUGUACCGCAACCAACAAACCACGCAGAGCUUCAGUCCCCAGCCGGGGCGAAACGCCAAGCCGGAGUCCACCACCGCUAGGCAUCCUUACCCGACCGCAGAAAUGCACAACCCCCACCCCCAAGUUCCAUCCACGGGCAUGCCUAGCUUGCUCCCUUCGCCCCCCAACUCCCCAGUCAAGUUGCCGCCACAGAAGAACUAUCCAUACCCCGGGCACAUCAAGAAGGAAAUCGUCGAAACUCCUUCGCAGGGCAUGCAGUGGUCUCCUUCGCCUCAGCCAACAGCUGUCAACCAGGACAGGGCAGGGGAGGCGGUGUUACCGAAGACUCGGCUUUUCUCAGCCGAAGGGCAUAGACAGUGGACGCAGCCCCCACCUUACCCGGCCGACUCCCGUGGUCAGUCCAGGGCCGAGCGGCCCGUGGAGCCUGCCUCUGGCGGGGACAGUCCGCCCCAGGAUGGCCCGCGCUCGAUUGAGUACCGGGCCACCUUCGGCAACAACCUCCGACCCAUCCACAACAGGUACGGUCGAAUUCUCAACACCUUGCGCCAGAGCGGGAACAUAUUGUCGCUACAAGAAGCGUUCAGUCGGGAGACUUUCUCGAAAUUGAGCGUUAAGAAUUGCCUGGGCAUCGCCGAGCUGCGACUCCUGGACGCCACUCUGUACCAUAAGGUGUUCGAAAGCUACAAGCAGCGUGCCGACACGGGCAGGAUCACCGUGGCGGGGCUGGAGCAGGAGUGCCGCCGAGUCCUCGCCGUCUACAACCGCCUGGUCAAGGAGAUGCGCGACAGGGGAGAACUCCUACCCUUCUUCGACGUGACCUACUGAGCAAACAACAGACUGUAAGAGUGUGAUAUGCCUUAAGUACGAUCUCAAAGAUUUCAUUUUGCGUGACAGAAAAACAGAUUUUCAAGGAUCCUACCAGGUGUAAGAGGAUCAAAACUUACAAAUCUUGAAAAUGUGAUAGUCACCUGUUAUGUCAAUCCUUUCACAAAUGUGGUAAAUUUUAAUGAAUCCAUACAAAAAUUGCUCGACGAUUUUGAUUCCUUAUAGAUGCUGUAAUGAUUCAAAUUUGUUUUUUUGUUGGACUAAUUUGUUGGUGUAACGUAAUAGGAAUGAAAUGUAGGCUUGUAUACGUAUACGGGAUGUGAUAUAUAUAUAUAUGGCUUAUAUACUUGUACUUCUGUAUGUACUGAAGCAGCUAACUCAUAGGUUGCAGAGCAAAUCGUCGGACGAAAUGUUAAAUAGUUCAUGUCUUUAUAUUAACGAUGAGUUAACGUUUUACUUUGGGGGUAAAAAGAGGACAUACCAAAUAUAUGUUUUUUAUCUGCAGCAAGGUUUCUCCUUCAUUAAAGGUGUUAAUUAUGCGGACUUAAGCUUAAA